UAUGGUCGCGAACUUAUAGGAAAGAACCUUGGUCAAUUUCAUAGCGACUUUGCAGAAAUAACACCUGGAAAACAAAGUUUAGCUUAUAAAAGUAUUUUCUGUGGAAAGAAGACCUACAUAGACUUACUCACGAAUGAUUUAAAUGAAGUUGCAUUUCACUGCAGAAUGAAAGGCGUGAAGCAAGAUGUUAUUGCUUUAACCGCUAAUGAAAUGUUUCCUGAAGCUAUACAAUGCUAUUACAAUGAAGAUAAGAACAUUCACAUACCUGUUGGAACAUAUGACAAAGACUCUGAGUUCAGUUUAAUGAAACUUUACAAAGCACUUCAUGAUGGUCAAGAGAUUGCAUUCGACUUAUGUAAGUCAUGUCAACCUUGCUUUGCUGAAAAGUUCAACUUUUCAAUAACGACUAAAACAAGCUUUAUUCGUAAGUUGAAGUUCUGA